AUGACGAACAUCAAUAAUCCUGAUUACGAUUUAAAAGAAUUUGAAAAUAUUAUAGAAAAUUAUAAAAAAGAUGAAUUCGCGUACCUUAAUCAAUAUUAUACUAAAUAUUAUUUGUUAGGCACCAAUGAAAAAAUUACUGAAGAUUUUUAUAUUUAUCAAGCACCAAAUAAAUUAUGUGUAAUAGGUUUAGCACCCAGCCAUCCUUUAUUACAACCACAACCACAACAACAAAAUCAAUUACCAAAAAUCAAAAAUAUAGAAUAUAAUACAAAAGCUGUAAAUACAAUUAAUAAGAAAAAACAAAAUCUUUUAUCAUUUACUUCUAAAAUCUGUGCAAUUACCACAAUUACCACAGAACAAGAAGAAAAGAGAUAUCAAAUAAUGGCAGGUGUUGUUGGAUAUAUUGCUAUAAUAAAACCUAAACAUGAUAAUCCAAAUAUUGCAUUAGGUCAUUGCAUAUCGGAAGAACAAUAUAAUAAAUAUAUAAUAAAAUUAUCGGGUGAAAACACGACAUAA